AUGGUUCACAUUGAGCCUGACGUCUGCAGGCACACAGUUGGUUUAAAUGUCUCUUUGAAACAGCAGCUAGUUCUCAAAAUGUCUGACUCCGUUUUGAACAACUCUUGGCCUUCUUUCUCUAAAUUGUGGAUGAAGAGAUGGUCGUUUAAAAGAGCAUCAGAAUGUAAACCGUGCCCUGAAUUUGCUGCUAUACCAGACUCACGAAGUGUAACCCCAGAUGCUGAACCAAGUCCCCCCACUGCGGACACAGGGGAAAUGUUCUUCUUGCCAGAAGAAAAGGAUGACCAGUCGCUUGAUCUGGAAAACUGCUGCAGUGAUACAGUGAGCAGCAAUGAAGAUUUACAUUCUCUAGACUCUGCACUUCAUGGGACUGAAUAUUACAAGGAUCUUAUAAUGAUGGAGGAUAAGAAUGUUGAUCAAGAAACCACCAAACCUGCAACUGCUGCAUUUUGUGUUGCUAGUGGGCCCAAUAUUAGCUUUGACAAUGGAGAAGUUGUAAUCACAUACACUAAGCCUUUCCUCUGUCCAAUGACUUUAGAAACUGGAACCACCUCAGUGUCUCCAGCAAAUAAGGAGGAUGGGUCUCAGGAAGAACUGGUAAGGGCACAGGAAGCUAUCCCUAUUUUAGUGAGGUCACUUUCAACAUCUAGGCGCCAUAGCUGGGAUGAUGCAGUUUCACCCACAGAUACUAUUCGCAGAUUUAGUCUUGAUGCUUCAGAAAUGGAAAGUGAUCUAGAGAGGGAACUUGAAGCAACCAACAGUGUCACAACUCAAGAGAUUAGUCCAUUAUCUCGAUCAUGGACCACAAAAGCUAACCUAAGAAUAGAGGCCGACAUUGGAGCACUUGAUCUUACAACUGUGGAAACAGAAAACAAGGGUGAAGACAACUCUGGCAAGAGAUUGCGUUCAAAAUCUAUGCCUUCCACACUUGAUAAGAUCUCAACUCCAAGGAUUUCUCACAGUCUGGAAUCAUCAUGUCCUGUCAUUGAAGUAAUCCAACCACCUCUGAUGGAAGUCAUUGAGAAGGACCAUGUGGAACCAACUCACGUACUAUUUGUGCAACAAGUACUCCAAGAACUGAAGCAGUAUCAUGGGACCAAUAAUAAGCAAGAAGCAAGCAGUGAGCCAAAGCAAAAUUUGACCUGGUUCGAGUUCCUGUCAAACGAGACAGAGGAUACAGGGAAACCUGAGAAAGUGGAAAGAGGGACAAAAGUAAAAAGAAGGCUUAGCUCCCUGAAGAACAGAGUUACUGGAUCCUGGCAGAAGGAUAAGGGUAAGAUGAAAGAGCAGCUGAAAGAGAAGGGCACAGAUAUGAAGGACAAAUGGAUAUAUACCAAUGGGCAUGAGCUGGUGCCAGGCUACUUCUCAAGUCACGCCAAAUGCACUUUAUGCACCAGAUCACUUGUAAAUAGGCGUGGACUACAGUGCAUGCAUUGUGCUGUAAAUGUCCAUAAAAACUGUAAGGCUUUAUUACCUGAAUGCACCAGCAGCAAAACAAAGAAGGACAGUUCCCACAAGCCAGUAACGCCUAGUCAAAUAUCACUUGUGUCAUAUCAGCAAGCUUCUUUCAAGGAUCAUCCUCGCAUUGCUAUUGUGGGGCUUGAUGGGACUCAUGUACAGGCUCGGGGGCUCGGAAUGACUGUCACUAAUAGAGGAAAUUCAAGAGUGGAAAUACAAGCAACAUCAGGUAGCCGAAAUAGCUCAACAGCAGCAGAAAUGGAUGAAUUUGACUCAAAUUUUACAAAGAUGAGGAUCUUCACAGAGGACAAUGUAUCACUGGCCCCAUCUACCACAGAGUCUGUAUUUGUGGAAGAUGCUUUUUAUUCCUCUGUGAGGGCUGAAUUGGAAAGUGAUGCUGUUGAAUUUGAGUUUGAGACUUGGAGUAGUUCCGUAGAGCCGCCAUAUGCCAAAAAGCAGAAGAAAGAGGUCAUCAAGAGACAGGAUGUCAUCUAUGAACUUAUGCAGACAGAAAUGCACCAUGUACGAACACUGAAAAUCAUGUUGAAAGUGUACUCUCAAGCACUGAGAGAAGAACUGCAUGGGAAUAAAGAAGUCCACCAGCUCUUCCCAUGUCUGGAUGAACUUUUGGAGCUACAUGAGCAGUUUCUUGUCCGAUUUAAAGAGCGACGUAAAGAGUCUUUAGAAGAAGGCAGUGAUCGGAAUUAUAUCAUACAGAAGGUUGGGGAUAUCCUUGUACAGCAGUUCUCAGCUGACACUGGUGAGCGAAUGAAGAAUAAGUAUGGAGUCUUCUGCAGCCAACACAACAAAGCAGUUGGUCACUACAAGUUUCUUAUGCGAGAGAAUAAAAAAUUUCAGAAUCUGAUGAAAAAAAUAGGUAAUUCUACUAUUGUGAGAAGACUGGGGGUGCUGGAGUGUCUCUUACUGGUUACUCAGAGGAUUACCAAGUAUCCAGUUUUGGUGGAAAGGAUUAUUCAGAACACUGAAGAGGGAACUGAAGACUUUGUGGCUUUGACCCAGGCUCUCACACUAAUAAAGGAAGUCAUCACAGAUGUAGAUUGUCGUGUUCACAAGAGUGAAAAAGGACAGCGUCUGGACGAUAUUAUAGGCAAGAUGGAGCCAAAGUCUUAUGGUAAACUGAAGAAUGGUGUGACGUUUAGGAAGCACGACAUGGAACAUAAGCAGCUUAUUCACGAUGGCAUGCUUUACUGGAAGACUGCUUCAGGACGUUUGAAAGAUAUCUUGGCAGUUUUACUAACAGAUGUCUUACUUUUACUUCAAGAAAAGGAUCAAAAAUACAUAUUUUCUUCUGUGGAUGCGAAGCCUCCUGUAAUUUCUCUGCAAAAGCUGAUUGUCCGAGAGGUGGCAAAUGAAGAAAAGGCUAUGUUCCUCAUAAGUGCUUCAUUAAAUGGGCCAGAGAUGUAUGAAAUUCACACUACCUCAAAAGAAGAGAGGAACUCCUGGAUGACGUUCAUUCGAGGGGCUGUGGAGAGUUGUCCAGAUGAAGGGACAGAAUUUCUGAGGGAAGCAGAUGAAGAGCGGAAGCAAGCAUCUGAGCGUGCUGCUAGGAUAAAGGACCUUCAAGACCGUCUUAACAAGAAGGAUACAUUAAUCUCACAAGUGCUCAACGAAAAACUGCAAAUUUGUAUGGAUAUGGCUGAGUUGUAUGGUUUUGACGAAUCGUCGCAAGGGUCCCGGGUCCGAGUUCUUGCUGGAUCUGAUAAUGGAGAGAAUUCAAAGGGAGAAUACCUGCUUCUGUCUGCUAUAGCUGAAGUUGAAACAAUUGAAACGAUGCUGCUAUCAUUAUUCUCCACUGCACCUGAUGACCCCAGCUCUGGUGUUACUGCUCUGCCCAGAAGAUCUGAGACUUUUGGAGGUUAUGACAGUAAUUGCGGACAUUCAAACAGAACUGGCAGUUUUAAUCAGAGAGUCAAGGACCGACGUUCAGAAACUGAAACUCAAGACCUUGUGCAUAGUGAGCCUGAUAUGCCCAUGUUAGAAAAUCAGAACCCCUCAGAGACUGAGAUAAUUGUGAAGGUGCAGACACUGAUAAAAAUGCUGUAUAGCCUGCAGGCCUUGAUAGCGCAGCAGGACAGCUUCAUAGAGGUGCAGCGAGAACGGGAAAAACAAUUCCGACAGCAGUCCAGGGGAAAUUGGUUGCUUGAGCAGGAGAAGCAACGAAACUUUGAAAAACAGAGGGAGGAGUUCGCUAAUGUGCAGAAACUACAAGACCAGCUGAAACAGGAAAGACAACGUUGGGAGCGUGAAAAGAAUAGACAUCAAAAAGGCAUGGAAGCUACUGAGAUGAUGCUAAGGCAAAGAGAGGAGACCUCGCGCAUUGAAAUGGAAAAGUUGAAGCAGGAACGGAUAGAACUAGAAGCACAGAGAGAAGCCUAUCAGCAUGAUUUGGAGAGGUUGCGUGAAGCUCAAAAAGCAGUGGGGAAGGAUAGAGAGCGUUUGGAGCAGUUGAAGAAAAUAAAGAAGCCAGUCACUGCAGGAUCAUUUACUCCCGACCUGGUGCAGGUUACACUAGGUUUAGCCCAUUCUGCAAGUUUUAAUGGAGAAGGAAUGCAGAACUUAGAAGGAGCUGGUCAUCUGGGUAUGAAACCUUCAGCCAAAACCAGUGCAUCUGUGUCAGCUGCUGACUACCUGGAGAGGCCUGAGGUCACGCGUCGGGACAGUAACUCCAUGGAAUCAAGACCAGCAUUGAAAAAUGAUGUGCCUAUUCAUUUGUUAAGUGCCACUAAUCAGAUCCAGAAGCCCUCAUUACUCACAAAGCAGCAGAUACCUACAAAGCUGGCGACACUGACAAAAAGUGGGAGGGACAAGUCUGGUAGAGGAAAAGCUUCUCAUCGGACUGAGAGUUCAGCAUCCAUAGGUCACAGGCCCCUUAUUCCAUCCAGAACUUCUGAGAAGGAUGACAGUACUGCGAAGGCUCGAAGAGCAGCUAGUCCGGGUCUGGUUGGCAGUCAAGUAGCAUUCUUUCAGCAAGAGCUUUCAGGACAGGAUUCUACCAGUGAAAUACCAACAUAUCCGUCAAACCUUUACCGACAAAGCAGUGGCCACCUCCUGGCACCUUCCAUUCCUCCUCCAGCACCUCCCGCUGAUGAAGACCCAAACAAGGAAGAUGUCAUCUUUUUCUAGGCUCCCUAGAAAAAAAAAAAGCAUAGAGAUUUUGCUGCAGUUCGUCUGGCAUUGAAGAUAACUUUUUGUAUUUAUACGUUUACCACUAAGGCCUUCUCAAGGUGUCUUGAAAUAGUGAAACCGUCAAGCAGAUUUUACAUUGUGAAGUUUGUGACAGUCCAAAGAGUAGUAGAAAUGCAUUCACUAGUUGAAUUGCACAAUGCAAUAUUACUUCCUAUUAGUUUGCGGACUGCUGAAGAGAUGUUACUGAUUCUGAAUGGUGAAUGUUUUUGUCACAGUGAUGUCAGAGUGAUGAUGCAGCGGCUGCAUCUAUGUGUUUUAAUGGAGCAUCACCUGCUGGACAGGACUGCUGAACAUUUCGCUGAGAAAUGAUGCCCUAUUUUUAUGUUUUCUUUUAAACCUACUUCGGCGACCACCUCUGGCAUAACCAGUAACCCGUCCAUAGUUGGGAAAACAUGCUUGCCAAUUAAAUGAAGAAUUGUGCUUACCCUUGUUGUGUAUUUUAUGCCUACAAAGGAGAUACGUUUCUAGAAUCAUUUUUGUGAUUCCAGUAAGCAGAAGUUAGAUCUAUUUAUUUCUGAUAAUCUAAAGGAUCAGCACCCAAGCCAGACAAGGUGACAAUAUAAUUAGGAGCAGAUUUUCCACUGGACCAGAUAGUCCAGGUCUGUAAUGUAUGGGAUAACAGGACAGUGAAAUCUCAAGUGUACAUAAAUUUAAUUAAUUUUAUGCCUUUGUUCCAUCAUUUGUAGUCUCACCACUGCCAGGUAUCACCUGAAUGCUAGCUCUGCGUAAUGUGAACACAUUGAUUAGUGCCAUAUUUUAUGAGCAGUGUUUUUUAUUAUGUUUUUAUAUUUUUAACUCUACUGGUCUACUAGCACUUUUGACAAUUGCAUAGCACAGAUUGUAUCACUAUAGAGAUCAGUAGGCCGUUCUAUUUUUUAUGACCAAGUACACAAAUCCUUAUAAGAUGCAGGAUAGGUGCAUUUAUUAUAUUUUCAUACUGUUUUAUCAGUGUUUCUAUAUCAGUUUAAUUUAAAGGGAAAAUACCAGUAACAUUUGAGAACAUUUUACACGUUUCUUGUUUUCUUUCUUCUCUGUUGUCAUUGCAUCACUACAUGUUGCAAUGUUUGUAUGGUUAAAGGGAACCUGUUACCGGGAUUUUGUGUAUAGGGCUGAGGGCAUGUGUUGCUAGAUGGCCGCUAGCAC